GGACUGGGCUGCCGUCAUGCCUUGGGAAGCCCAUUCAUCUGUGCACUUGGGCGUUGGACUCCGCAUCUUAUUAGCGAGCGGGGAGAUUUCUCCAUUUUCCUGUUGUAUCCAGCGCGGCUUCCGAGCAUUGGGAUAUCGAGUGGGAUUGUGAGACCGCAAUGGGAGCCCAAUUCUCUAAGACCGCAGCCAAGGGCGAAGCCGCCGCCGCAGACAAGCCCGGGGAAGCAGUGGCCGCCUCUCCUUCCAAGACGAACGGCCAGGAAAAUGGGCACGUAAAGGCCAAUGGCGAUGCGUCUCCCGCAGCAGCCGAGGCAGAAAAGGAGGAAGUCCAGGCCAAUGGCAGCGCCCCUGCUGAGGAGGCCCCCAAAGAGGAGGCCGCAGCUGCCGAGGCUGCGCCAGAGAAGGAGGCCGCAGUGUCUGCUGAGGGAGAGAGCACAGAACCAGCAUCUCCAGCCGAGGGAGAGGCCUCUGCCAAAACAGAAGAGGCAGGGUCUGCUUCUACCCCUUCCACCAGCAAUGAGACCCCCAAGAAGAAAAAGAAGCGCUUCUCAUUUAAGAAGUCUUUUAAGCUGAGUGGCUUUUCUUUCAAAAAGAACAAAAAGGAGAACAAUGAAGGAGCAGAGGGCGAGGGUGCAGCUGCAUCCACCGAGGGAGCAAAGGAGGACGCUCCUGCAGCGGCGCCCGAGGCCGCCAAUGAAGAGGCCAAGCCAGCCCAAGAGGAGGCUCCUGCUGCCAGCAGCACUGAGGAAAAGAAAGAGGAGGCUGCAGCAGCAUUGCCUGAACCCCAGGAGACCAAACCCGAGGAGCCUGCACCAGAAAAGCCCACAGAGGAGGUAAAGCCUGCCGAGGAGCCAAAGCCUGAGGAAAAACCUGCAGAAGAGGCCCCCACCACUGUUGCUGCUCCCGAAGCUCCAUCUACUGAACCAGAGGCACCAAAAGCUGAAGAGCCAGCAGCUCCAACACAGGAAGCUACAUCUGAAUCCAGUCCAGCAGCCGAGUCAGCAGAGUAAAGAUAUGGCCGUUUUGAGAUAAUCAAAGAACUUUUUUUCUCCCCUUGUUUGUUUGUUGGAGUGGUGCCAGGUACUGGUUUUGGAGAACUUGUCUACAACCAGGGAUUGAUUUAAAGAUUAUUUUUUUUUUCCUCCUUACAGAUCCCAUCUCAAAUCAUUCUGUUACCACCAUUCCAACCUGGCCGGGUAGAGUUUAAAGCAGUCACCGGCCUUAAUCUUUUUUCGCAUCAGUAUUAAUGUUUUGCAUACUUUGCAUCUUUUAUUGAAAAUGUAUCCUUUUUUCUUUUUUUUCAAUAUAUGGACAUACCCAUAACAUGAAGGAGAUGGGUGGGUCAAUGUAGGGGGGGUAUCAAAUGAAGUGAUAGGGGCCACAUUGGGUUUUAGGUGGUGCACACAUUGCCAAGAGAUUGUGCCACACAGAACGGGGUCAGGUUUCUGUUAUUUCUAUUUUUUUUUCUCUUUAAUUUCAAGAGACAUGUAUUUUGUGAUGAGGGCAGCCUUCUACAAGGUUUACAACACUAAAGGUCUUGACUAAGAUGGCAAGCAAAAUAAUAAUAAUAAAAAAAAAUCAAAAUACCCAGAUCAUAGUUUUAGUAAAUCAUUUAAACCAUAGGAACUUUUCACUUAUCUCAUGUUAGCUGUAUCAGUCGGUGAUUAAGUAGAAUUACGAGUUGUAUAGGCUUUAUUGUUUAUUGCUGGUUUCUGAACCUUAAUAAAAAUGUAAUUAUGUAUGACCAGCAGGGUGUUUUUAACUGUGACUAUUGUAUAAAAGGAAUCUUGAUAUCCAAAAGCACAUGAAGUUUGCAACUCUUUCCACCCUGCCCAUUUUUGUAAAACUGCAGUCAUAUUGGACCUUUUAACCACAAAAUUUUAAACUCAACCAAGCUGUGAUAAGUGGAAUGGUUACUGUUUCUACUGUGGUAUGUUUUUUUGAUUCCAGCAGGCGAUGCUUUCUUUUCCAGUUGUCUUUCAGAAUUUGAGGAAAUCUUCAGAUGCAAUGGUUUUUUGUGUAGCAUCUUGUCUUUCAUGUUUUUUGUAAAUACUGGAGAAGCUUUGACCAAUUUGACUUAGAGAUGGAAUGUAACUUUGCUUACAAAAUUGCUAUUAAACUCUUGCUUAAGGUGUUCUAAUUUUCUGUGAGCACACUAAAAGCGAAAAAUAAAUGUGAAUAAAAUGUAUAUGUUUUGUGUUUCUUUGACGUAGAGAUAAGUCACUAAUGGCCUAAUUCAGUCCUAGCCUUUGCUUCUUGCUAACCCGCAUGUCGCCCUUUCCAUUGUGCUUGCGGUGGGGAGGGGGAGGGUUCUCAACCCAGCUACCAUUGUUUUUAACUAGCCUUUGCUUUUGGCACCAUAUUGCCUACACACAUGGUGAUGAGCGGUCCAGUGGACUUCUUUUUGUGGUUGGUCCAUUUGAGAACCACUGACGUAGACAAGACAUUCAAUGUAAAUCUUCCAUCUCGCGUGGAUAAUGGCCCUUUGUGUAGCUCAUUGAAGUGCAUUUACAUGUCACCCACCACAAUGCCUUGCACCCUGUAGAAGGCUGCAAUCCUGCUUCAGGGCAUGCAGGCUUCUUUCCUUCUCUAUGCUUGUCCACAUUCCAAGCCUUUGAUUAAGACGUUCUGGGGAGACUUGGAUUUGCUUGUUUGUACAUUUCUAAUGCCUUUCUUUAAGCUUUACCUAUGGGGGGGUAGAUUGUAUUCACAUUUAAUGUUAAAUGUGAAGCUAGUUUACAACACAACAUGCAGAGUUCUUUAUAAAUAGUAUAAACCCCCCUUUUUGUGUAUAUUUAUAUAAAGUCCAAAAUUAGGGAACCUGGGAGUUGGUCUCUGCUGUUUAUACCAUGUUAUCUUCGUGUUGGGUGUUUAUACCUUGCUAUCAAAAAUAUGGAUUUUCUGACCAAUCCCAUUUAUUAAUGAUAAUGGAUCUUGUUUAUUGGGGGUUGGGACUUGGUGAUCAUAGUCACUUUUUUUUUUUAUGUGAGCAGACACACAACCUGCUGUAGCCAACGCCACAUUCACUUUAGAGCAGGACUUUUUACAUAUGGUACCAUAAAUGCUUACUAAGUACUUGCCUUUUAUGCAAAAUGUCUGUCCCAUAAUGUUAGUAAAUGCAAAGCUCUGUGCAUUUGCACACUUUUCUAUCCAUUAUGCAUCAGACUGGCACAUGUGCCACAGAUUGAGAACUCUGAUGGAUUUGUGCAGCAGACGUGGUAGGCCUGUGUCAAGAGGCUGAUGCUGCCGUUUGGUUUCAACCCUUCACAGCACAAUGUUGACUUCCUGCUUAUUUUAUAUACAAACUUACUGUAGCAAUUACAACUUGUAUUCUGCUCUGAGGACUCCAAAAGCUACAGCAUGGUUGUAUGCCUACAGUCUUAAUUCUGUCCCUGUUUACAUUUUCUAUACCGGUUUAUAAAAUGCAUAUUUUUCAGGUAUCAACAGGAUUAUAAUGUCAUGUUGUCCUAUUUUUAUUUUUUAUUUUUCCCCAUUCUAUGACCAUGUAAUCAAUGUUUACCGCAAACUACCAAUAAAUGGACAACAAGUAGA